AUGGAUAUGAUUCGAAGAAAAAAGCUUCGACAAGUCUUCUCUGUUGAGCAAUCAAGCGAGAGUUAUCAAAGUAGUCCUCGAUCGGGAUCUCUUCAAAGAAGACAUUCCGCCUAUCAGCCCGAUUUUGAUGAAAAUGCAGAUGCGCCUUUGAUGGAUUGUGAUCGAGCAUUGGCCGAAAGAUACGAUGGAGUUGAUAUCGCUUUUGAGAAAACGAAAGCAUGGAGCAGAUAUUGCAAAGAGUUAACAAAUUAUGUGAAGUCGCGUGUGACUAUGGAAAUCGAACACGCAAAAAAGACAUCACAACUCGUUGAACAAACACGACUAGCAAUACAAGAGGAUUUCCUACCGAUGAAAGAUCUCUUCAAUGAGUCGUUUGAUCUCGAAAAUGAGCAUUUUUUGAAGAUACGUGAGGCACAAGAGCACUUAAAUGAACGAUUUAUAAAGUCUUUGGAAUCUCGUCGAUUGGAAGCAGAAAGUACAAGGAGAACAUUGAAGAACGAAUGGAAUAAAGCAUUGAAAGGAUUGCAAGAUUCCGAAGCUGAACAUCGAAAAGCACAGCAGAAUCUGAUGACAAGAGAAGAUACGCUGAAAAAGGCAAGGGAAAGCUCACUUCGAACGGAAAAUUAUGGAGUGACAACGGAUGUGAUCAGGAAAAUGGAUAAGAAAAGAGUUCGAGAAGAUGAAGCUUUACUUAAGCGAGAAGAAGCUUUGCAACAAGUUCGCAGUCUUGAAGCUGAAGUGCGACGGAGACAACGGGUUGUUGAGAAGUGCAAGGAGAAAACGAUUGAGGCUCUUCGCGAACUUGUCCUUCAGUGCGAUCAAACGACCAAAGCCUGUGCACAGCAUUAUUUCAAGGCGUUGUCGGCUCUGUGGGUAGGCGUGCCGGCCCGCUAUCAGGAGCUGGCUGAUGCAUCUCGAGACUAUCAACCAGGCCGCGAGUACAUGGCCUUUCUUCAGAAUUUACCCCAACAACCGCAUCGUGCCAAUUCACAGCAUUCCCUUUUAAGAAGUGACAAGUCGGUUGAUGAUCUUUCGUCACAAGGGGAAAGUUGUUAUCCAAAGAUCACUCUUGUUUGUGGUCAAGGUAGUCGAUCGCCCACUGAGCGACGAAUUUCUAUGUUUGGAGUGUCUCUACAGAAACAAUUGGAGGAACAGAAACGGGAUAUACCAUUGAUUUUGGAGGAUGUGAUUGAUGAAAUACAAAGAAGAGGACUUCGGAUGAAAGGAAUCUACCGAACUUGCGGAGUGAAAUCGAAAAUCGAGGAGAUCUGUGAGAUGUUUGAGAGAUAUACUGGCACCUCACACAUUCCAUUGAAUGAUGUUUAUCCAAUGAAUUUGGCAAGUGUUGUUAAAUUGUAUCUGAGAAAACUUCCCGAACCACUAAUGACAUUCGAUUUGUACGGAGAGUGGAUACGAUUUGGACAGCAAUUCUCGUCAACGGUUGAUGUCGAUGAGAAUGAUGUGAACGAUUUGGGGUGUUUGAUCGCAAAAUUGCCGAGAGUUAAUUAUGAGACAUUGAAAUUCGUGAUCCUUCAUCUCAAUCGCGUUUCAUGGUUUUCUUCAUGCAAUCUCAUGUCUCCAUCAAAUCUUUCAACUGUGAUUUCUCCAUCGCUUUGUUGGCCUCAAACUUGCCAAGUUCAAGCUUCAUCUUUUAUUCAAGAUGCUCAUUACGUCACGAAAACCGUUGAAAUAAUGAUCGCUAAUGCUCAUAGUUUAUUCAAUGUGGAUCGAAAUGUGGAUAGAGUCGAUUUCUUCACAAAAUAUCCACAAGAAGAGCCGGAUUGUGGGAAAAAUGGAGAUGGAGAAGAGAGAGAUACAAGUGUUGUUGACGAAGAAGAACAGGAUCAGGAAGAGUACGACGACUCGUUUUGUAUGCAACAACCGCCAACGCCGGAUCUCCUGAAAAGUGCAAGAAAGGCAAACGGUGCUCCGCCAAGCGAAUGUGGAAGUGAGGGAAGUUCGACGGGAAUCACUGGCGCAUUCAUGAAUCGAUCGGAUAAUCCACCAUCAAGAUUUAGAGGAAGCGAUAAACGGGAAUCGUUCACGACUUGCAUCAUCGUCGCUCCGUCAACAACAUCAGCGCCGCCAACACCGAAUUUCAUGAACACUCAACCGUCAACAUCCACUCAACAGCAAAAGAUUCCGGCUAGAAAACAGAUCUCUGUGGGCGCUGAGGGAAGUCAUUAUGCGUGUGGUGACAUUGUACUCAAUGUUUCAGAGGGUCAAUUCUUUGUGCCCGAGAACGGAAUCAUUCAGAAUGGAGAUCGGAGUCCGGCUGGGAAAAGCAAUCACUCAGUUUUCGAUUACGGUAGCAGCUCAGGCUACAGCACUUCGGAGUGUUCAAGAGAAUCGGAUGUGAUCAGUCAAAACUCGACUCAUUCCUCGUCAAUUCAUCCAAUCCAUCCAAUCCAUCCAACUCAUCCAAUUCCCCCGUCCACUCGAUCUCCAACACAAAGAUCCUCAAAAAGAUCGGAAAUUCUUUCCACGGAUAAAGGUUUUAGCUAUGUC